AUGUGGUUUUGUAGUGAGUCCAAUGAUGACUCCGACUCCGAGUAUGACGAAGUCAGAUUUGGCGGUCCGUUGCCGCCGCUGCCAGUUUAUCAGCUGCUGGAUGCUGCUGUCGCGGAGCAGAAAGUUGCCUUUGUGCCGAAGUUUCUUGCUGCCAAAGACAUCAGCCGCCUUCACCACAUGGCACAAAGGGAUGAUGUCAAGACUAUCGACGAUCGUGACGAGUCUCUCGUGUACAGACACGAGGUAUGGAGGGUGGAACUCGCAUUGAAGGAAGACUGCCCAGAGAUCUACCAGCGCCUGAUGGAUGCUGCCUGGGCCUUGGAUGCUGAGCUUUGGCACGGCAUCCAAGGCCAGAUCCUCUUCCCAGAGAUCGAGUACAUCAUGUACGACGUCCGCCGCCUGGGCGCUGAAGGACACAUCCAACGGCACCGGGACAACGGAUCCCAGGUGACGGCGGUUGUGCUGCUCUCAGACCCCAGGACAUUUGAAGGUGGCGUAAAUUGCUUUGAUGGCGAGGAGCACCCAAGAAGUGUGAAACUUGGAUUCGGCGAUGCCGUUUUCUUCUACGGAGACCGCUGCUAUCACUGGAUCACAAAUGUGAUCCGUGGCCGCCGCGUGGUCCUGCAGAUGGAGUUGGGCCAAGGUGACCAGUGCAGGCCCUUAGCCUUCCUGGACUCCUUGUGCGGGAGCCCGUUGCAGAUGGAUGGUGUGGACGUCCAGCAAGGUGUUGUCAUGACGCUCCAUGAUGGUGCCAAGUUGGGAUUCGGAACUCAAAGAAGCCAAGAUGCGCCUGCUGUGCUGCUGGUGGUGACGCUGCGCCACCAGGUUGCUUUGCCCCGACUGCUGAGCCGCCGGCCACCGGAAGUGUUGCCGGGCCUCAGGUUUGGUCGACGCAGGGCAGUGCUCGAGUGUGUGAAGACCGCUCGCACUUCUGUGAAUCUGCAGAGCCUGCCGGGCGAGGCAAAGGAGAUUCUUGUGACGCAGACAGCCGUCGAGGUGGGCCGGCACCAUCAGACUCUCUUCAGCGUACUCGUGGAGGAACAAAACCUGUCCUUCAUCUCCAGAAGCCAUUUGAGAGCGCGAGUCAGAGAGACUCUGUCGGCAGAUGAGGCGAUAGCGAAGCUGUGCCUCCAGGUUCAAAACUUGAGCCUGCACCCGGUGCUUCUUGAUGGCAGGCCCCUCGGGAAGAUGGAAGUGGGCACGAUUUCGGCCGGUGGCUCCAUUGAAUUCAUGGGCAAG